AUGCCUAAGGAGAAAGCUAAGGAGAAUACUACUUCGUCUUUACCCCCACCGCACUACUCCAGAGAGAAACGGAAGUGGGAUGAGCCUAGAGCUUCACACGAUGGAAAACGGCACCAGUCGAGCCAGCAUCGGUCCCAGUACGAAGGAGGGCAGCGUACGUCUAGCCAGAGAGGAGACUACCGACCGAGGGCACCACAAUGCAAUGUGUGCUCUAAGUACCAUUUCGGAGAAUGCCGGUACCAGAACGUGAUCAAGUGCUACACUUGUGGAGGAAACGGUCACUUCUCUAGGGAGUGUCCAAAUAACAAGAUAGGAUCGGGAUCGAGACGGAACGAUCAGGGAUCCCGUCAACAAGCGAGGGCACCGCAAAGUGAAUCAGGAGGAAAUCGCGACUCAUCAUCGCGGCAACAACAACCUCACCGCCCCAGACUUCCUCCCCAAGCUAGAGCGUUCGCGCUGGAACAAAAGAAGCCGAAGAAGGAACAAGACGAUCGUGGGAAAGGAAAUUUGACAGGUAUGGGCAAAAUUCUCAACACCCUUGUUGUUGUGUUGUUUGACACGGGCGCAUCGCACUCGUUUAUAUCUGAAUUAUGUGUGCGCACUUUGAGCUUGCCUACUAGCGAAUCUGAACGUAGAAUGAUGGUGUCCUCACCAGUAGGAGGAAUGAUAGAAAUAUCUAGAACGUGCUCGAACAUAGAAAUUGUUAUGGGAGAACUUAAGAUAGUUGCUCACGACUUACGAGUCCUAAAGAUGGAGGAUAUCGAUAUAAUCUUGGGAAUGGACUGGCUGACAACGAACUUUGCGACGAUUCGUUGUAAGGAGAGGCAGAUAUCUCUACAAGCUCCGGGAAGCGAACCCACCAUAUACCACGGAAUCUCGAUGAACCGGCGCACCGCCAUUAUAUCCGCGCUUCAAGCGACCACAAUGAUGAAAAAGGGGCGAACUGCCUAUCUUGUCUACCUCCAUGGAGAGGAGAAGAACGAAAAGAAGAUGGAAGAUGUUGCUGUCGUGCAAGAAUUUCCAGACGUUUUUCCAGAAGUGUUACCUGGACCACCGCCAGAUCGACAAUUGGAGUUCACAAUUGACCUUGAACCGGGAGCCGCACCCACCUAG